AUGAAUUUUAAUGUCUGGAAUAUCAAAGAGAUGCUUAGUAUUCCCUCAGGCCCUGGGACCACCAAACCAUCCAACUGGAAUAGUAAUCAGACUGAUGGUUCUCUCAGUGAUUCCCAGUUCCUCUUUGGGUCUCAGUUUUGUCCAGAAAAUUCAGAAACACUGUUAACAUCCUUGGACGCUGGUGCCUACUUACGACAUCCAAAACAGAUGCAACAGAAUUCUGUAGAUAAUGAACCUAGUAUUUUUACAAAAUACCAGACAAAGCCCCAGUUGUUUGGAGGUGAUGCGAAGGAUGAAGGCUUAUUUUCUCUUCCUUUGCCAGCUGGAAAAUCAAAAGGACUCUUGAAACAGUUUGAGGAGAAAAAACGAAAUGCAACAGACAAGUGUGACAGCGAGAUGCUAUACAACUUUGUUUCUCAUUUUCAAGAAGUUAUUUACAAGUUGCAGACAUCUGUGGAAAAGUCUGAAGAGCAUCUCAGUUCAAGCAGCCAAUCUAUUUUGGAUUCUUUGGAGACUAUAGCCAAGACAUUUCAAGAGACUGCACGGGUCCAGCAUGACCUGAUGGUUGAGGCAGUGCAAGACAGAGGCUGUGUGGAACAGGCCAUCCGUGAGAUACAGAAGAGCUUUGAAGCUAGACAAGGAGAGUUUAUAGAGAUGAAAUCCAACCUCAAGAACCUUGAAGUUUUAGUUGCCCAGCAGAAUAAAAACUUGCAGCAGCUGUGUGAGAAUCUGGGCCAGCUCAAUGUGCCUAGUGUCCUAGAGGAGCUGAAAAAAUUUGCCUCUGCACCUCAGGUGGCUAGGCAUCUGAAGGACAGCACCUCUCAGACCUCACCAUCCCAGGCCCAGAGCCCCCAUUUUACCGUGCAGGAAAAAUAUCCCUCUGAGGAGCCAGCCUCUUGGCAGGCCCCAGUGUCUCCUGCAGGGAAUCCCAGUAGGAGUUCCCAGAGGCCUGGGGAGUUUGGUGUCUGGGAUGCAGGAGCAGGGAGCAAUGGUUUUGGAAAGGCUGCAUUGGCAACAAGUGGUCCCCAUAGAGGAAAGGAGCAUGUGAGGAACAAGACCAUGCAGACCUACUGCAAGAACUGGGUUAUGACCACCAGGAGCCUCAGCAACCACUGCGCUAACCUCCCAAGCCACAAGGCUGCCAAUGACCAGGAUCUAAUUGUCCAAGAAUCUUCACAGCUGGCCUUAAAUAAAUUUGAGCUCAAAGUGAAGAAUGUCUGCCCCAAAUAUGAAGCUCAAAGCAUGUGUCUUUUUGACCCAUUUGAACAGUCAGCAACUGAACAGAAAGGCAGCAAAGGGAGGAGAGGCAGGAAAGGCAGGAAGCGGACCCCAAGGAAAGCCUGUGCUUUCACCUCUAAGCAUCAUAGUUCCCAAUCUCCAGUUUCUAGCCCACAAGGGCCCCUCAUCUGUUGGGUAGCUCCAAGAGGCUCCACAGUGGCCGGACAAGAGAACCUCCGGCAGUCUACCCAGAGCUCUUCCACAGACAGCGAGUUAGUAUUCAGCAUUUCCCAGAGGGACCAGCAGAUAAACUGGUUUGGUGACCUCAGCCUCAAAAACCCAGAGCCUCCUCUGUGUAAGAAGAGAGGGAAGAAUUUGCUCUGUGAUCCAGAUUUUGAUAGCAGUGAUGAUAACUUCUAG